GUCCCCUUCGCGGCCGCCGCGGCCACCGCCCACUCGGGGCUGGCCAGCGGCGGGCGGCCGGGGCGCAGAGAACGGCCUGGCUGGGCGAGCGCACGGCCAUGGCCCCGUGGCUGCAGCUCUGCUCCGUCUUCUUUACGGUCAACGCCUGCCUCAACGGCUCGCAGCUGGCUGUGGCCGCUGGCGGGUCCGGCCGCGCGCGGGGCGCCGACACCUGUGGCUGGAGGGGAGUGGGGCCGGCCAGCAGAAACAGUGGGCUGUACAACAUCACCUUCAAAUAUGACAAUUGUACCACCUACUUGAAUCCAGUGGGGAAGCACGUGAUUGCUGACGCCCAGAAUAUCACCAUCAGCCAGUAUGCUUGCCAUGACCAAGUGGCAGUCACCAUUCUUUGGUCCCCAGGGGCCCUCGGCAUCGAAUUCCUGAAAGGAUUUCGGGUAAUACUGGAGGAGCUAAAGUCGGAGGGAAGACAGUGCCAACAACUGAUUCUAAAGGAUCCGAAGCAGCUCAACAGUAGCUUCAAAAGAACUGGAAUGGAAUCUCAACCUUUCCUGAAUAUGAAAUUUGAAACGGAUUAUUUCAUAAAGGUUGUCCCUUUUCCUUCCAUUAAAAACGAAAGCAAUUACCACCCUUUCUUCUUUAGAACCCGAGCCUGUGAUCUGUUGUUACAGCCGGACAACCUAGCUUGUAAACCCUUCUGGAAGCCUCGGAACCUGAACAUCAGCCAGCAUGGCUCGGACAUGCAGGUGUCCUUCGACCACGCACCACACAACUUCGGCUUCCGUUUCUUCUAUCUUCACUACAAGCUCAAGCACGAAGGACCUUUCAAGCGAAAGACCUGUAAGCAGGAGCAAACUACAGAGACGACCAGCUGCCUCCUUCAAAAUGUUUCUCCAGGGGAUUAUAUAAUUGAGCUGGUGGAUGACACUAACACAACAAGAAAAGUGAUGCAUUAUGCCUUAAAGCCAGUGCACUCCCCGUGGGCCGGGCCCAUCAGAGCCGUGGCCAUCACAGUGCCACUGGUGGUCAUAUCGGCAUUCGCGACGCUCUUCACUGUGAUGUGCCGCAAGAAGCAACAAGAAAAUAUAUAUUCACAUUUAGAUGAAGAGAGCUCUGAGUCUUCCACAUACACUGCAGCACUCCCGAGAGAGAGGCUCCGGCCGCGGCCGAAGGUCUUUCUCUGCUAUUCCAGUAAAGAUGGCCAGAAUCACAUGAAUGUCGUCCAGUGUUUCGCCUACUUCCUCCAGGACUUCUGUGGCUGUGAGGUGGCUCUGGACCUGUGGGAAGACUUCAGCCUCUGUAGAGAAGGGCAGAGAGAAUGGGUCAUCCAGAAGAUCCACGAGUCCCAGUUCAUCAUUGUGGUUUGUUCCAAAGGUAUGAAGUACUUUGUGGACAAGAACUACAAACACAAAGGAGGUGGCCGAGGCUCGGGGAAAGGAGAGCUCUUCCUGGUGGCGGUGUCAGCCAUUGCCGAAAAGCUCCACCAGGCCAAGCAGAGUUCGUCCGCUGCGCUCAGCAAGUUUAUCGCCGUCUACUUUGAUUAUUCCUGCGAGGGAGACGUCCCCGGUAUCCUAGACCUGAGUACCAAGUACAAACUCAUGGACAAUCUUCCCCAGCUCUGUUCCCACCUGCACUCCCGAGACCACGGCCUCCAGGAGCCGGGGCAGCACACGCGACAGGGCAGCAGAAGGAACUACUUCCGGAGCAAGUCAGGCCGGUCCCUAUACGUCGCCAUUUGCAACAUGCACCAGUUUAUUGACGAGGAGCCCGACUGGUUCGAAAAGCAGUUCGUUCCCUUCCAUCCUCCUCCACUGCGCUACCGGGAGCCAGUCUUGGAGAAAUUUGAUUCGGGCUUGGUUUUAAAUGAUGUCAUGUGCAAACCAGGGCCUGAGAGUGACUUCUGCCUAAAGGUAGAGGCGGCCGUUCUUGGGGCCACCGGACCAGCCGACUCCCAGCACGAGAGUCAGCACGGGGGCCUGGACCAAGACGCGGAGGCCCGGCCUGCCCUUGACGGUAGCGCCGCCCUGCAACCCCUGCUGCACACGGUGAAAGCCGGCAGCCCCUCGGACAUGCCGCGGGACUCAGGCAUCUAUGACUCGUCUGUGCCCUCAUCCGAGCUGUCUCUGCCACUGAUGGAAGGACUCUCGACGGACCAGACAGAAACGUCUUCCCUGACGGAGAGCGUGUCCUCCUCUUCAGGCCUGGGUGAGGAGGAACCUCCUGCCCUUCCUUCCAAGCUCCUCUCUUCUGGGUCAUGCAAAGCAGAUCUUGGUUGCCGCAGCUACACUGAUGAACUCCACGCGGUCGCCCCUUUGUAACAAAACGAAAGAGUCUAAGCAUUGCCACUUUAGCUGCUGCCUCCCUCUGAUUCCCCAGCUCAUCUCCCUGGUUGCAUGGCCCACUUGGAGCUGAGGUCUCAUACAAGGAUAUUUGGAGUGAAAUGCUGGCCAGUACUUGUUCUCCCUUGCCCCAGCCCUUUACCGGAUAUCUUGACAAACUCUCCAAUUUUCUAAAAUGAUAUGGAGCUCUGAAAGGCAUGUCAAUAAGGUCUGACAACAGCUUGCCAAAUUUGGUUAGUCCUUGGAUCAGAGCCUGUUGUGGGAGGUAGGGAGGAAAUAUGUAAAGAAAAACAGGAAGAUACCUGCACUAAUCAUUCAGACUUCAUUGAGCUCUGCAAACUUUGCCUGUUUGCUGUUGGCUACCUUGAUUUGAAAUGCUUUGUGAAAAAAGGCACUUUUAACAUCAUAGCCACAGAAAUCAAGUGCCAGUCUAUCUGGAAUCCAUGUUGUAUUGCAGAUAAUGUUCUCAUUUAUUUUUGAUGUAGAAUUUACAUUGCCAUGGGUGUUAAAUAAGCUUUGAGUCAAAAGUCAAGAAAGUGACUGAAUAUACAGUCACCUUUUAUGAAGUGAGUCUCUGUGUUACUGGGUAGCAUGACUGAUUGAGGUGAAGCUCACAGGGCCAGGCUGACCGUCUUGACCGUUCCACUUGAGAUAGGUUGGUCAUCGUGCAGAAGGCCCCAGGACCUCAGCACACACAGCCUCCUCUUGGUCUGAGUAGGCAUCAUGUAGGGGCCAGAUCUGCCUGCUAUUUCCAUGGGUUACCUUUACUGUGCUGUAUCUCAGAUGUUGGUGUCUGGAAGUUUAUUCUUAAGAGACUGCUACCCAGCUGGUCUGUAUUAUUGGAAGUUGCAGUUCGUGCUUUGGUUGGCCUUCUGGUCUAAAGCUGUGUCCUGAAUAUUAGGGAUCAGAAUUCACUGAAAUACAGCAGUGUGUGGAGGUGAUGGCCAGUUAAUCUGCUGAACUGGUUUUGACUAAUGACAAACCUCUUUUUAAGAUGGUAGAAUGGAGGUGAUAGUCACAAAAGUAAAUGUUCCAUUUUUAUGAAUGACUUUCUACAGAGUUUCUAUUUCUAAAGAAAAAACACUUGUUCACAUCCCAUCUGAUGAUUAGCAUGUGUGUAAUGAAUGCUGUCUUGGUCUCCCCUGUGGAAACCCUUCUCCCUGUGCCUUAGAGCAGGUGUGUACAUCUCUCACUACCUUUCUCAUGGGUGCUGUUAGAUUUUGGCACCCCGUUUUCUCAGCAUUCAGCCCAGGGAAUGUGGUUUUCACUCCUUCGUCAGAUAAGACCAACAUGAAGGGGUAUGUUGAGAAACAUCCUGAGGCAAGGUGGGAGGUGGGAUGGGGCAGGACUUUCCCUUCCAAGCACAUGCAUGGCAGGUGGGGAAAGGGGGGCUUGCACCCCUGCUGGAAAGAAAAGGUUUGUAUAUAUUUCUGAUGCAAAUGUCAUACUCACUGCUCUGUAAAGGCAGCUGGCAGCUUUUUGGGAAAAGAACAUGCUCGUCUGUUCUCUGGCAUCGAGUUUCUUGCAGCUGCUCUGAGCGAGAGACAGUGACCUGCAAGACUGCCUCCCCAUAAAAACAGGCAACUCAGAGAAGAGUCAUUUCAUGUUGUUCCUAUGGAAUCUGGAAUGAGUGCAGAGCUCCUACCCACAAAUGACUGCCCCGCCAUUUCAUCCUAGGCAUUCUGUGAAGGAGAUUGGUUAGUCCAAACUUGCUAACAUACGAAAAUUCACUUGGAACAUGAUGAGAGAUUUCUUAUUGAGGCCAAGAGAUGUUUCCUGUCCCAGAGGAACCAUUAGGAGUCGCUUUUAGGGUAUUCAGCUUUGUUCACGAAAUAAGGCAUCUCUGAGAAAGUGGCCCCAGGGAGAGAAUGGAGGACUGGGAGGAGAAGCAUUAACUGAGCUCCAAGAGUGUGUGGGCAGAGAGCUUGCUAUGUGAACUCACUCCUUAAGAAAAUGGAAGAGGAAAAGAGAGUGCUAGUUAAAAAAUUGGGAUGUUUUAGUUUGGAUUUAGGGUUUUGAUACUUAUGUUGAAAUACUAAUGUUUCUGAUCAACAAAAUCAAACUCUUAAUAUACCGAGUAAUGAAACCACAGUGUGAUUGCCUCAGAAUAAAUUGAGAAGUCCAACUUCCUAGUUUUGUUUAAUUAGUUUCACUUUUUCUACUCUCCCCAGUAUGCUAGAAAUGGGAAUCGUUGCCCUGCAGAUUACGGCAAAACAUCUGUUUUAAGCAAAGCUGCAUUUUUUGACUCAGAAAUUGUCCCAGACGAUGGAUAUAAGAUGAAAUUCAGAAAAACGUUCUGCCAAGUCACAGGCUUUUAGAUAUUGUGGAAACAAGAAAUGGAAAACAGGAUGAUCUCCAUGAGAGGCCUUGAUCCUGAGAGUAAAAGGCUUGUGUAGAUAGGUUAGACAAUGUCCUCUAGAAAAGAGACCAGGGAUAAGUCCAGGUUUCCAGGAAAACCAAGAAGCCUGCGGGUAGCUGAAGGUAGAGUGCUAGUUGUUCAUCUUAACUUACCAAUGAGCUACAGAAAGGACUUAGCAUCUGAUGUCAUCAGCUUUGCCAGGAGAGUGAUCAAGGAGGUUAAAGCUCAGGUAAAGGUGUGCCUUCUCAGAGAUUGGCUACAAGCAACAGAGACCACCUCAACAGAGACCACCUCAACAGACUCAGCCCAGCCAUACAAGGUGCCGAAGCUCCUCCAGAGGGCUGUCUUGGGCCUUUGAGGCAGUUGAUCUCCAGAAAGAAUCAGAAGUCUUUCCAGUCCAGGCCCAGGUAUUCAGAUGGUGACCCAGCCAGAUAAUAGUAUCUUGAGCAAAUAAUAGUAUCUUGAGUGCAAAUAAGCAGGAAGACUGUCCUUCAAAAAAUGUGGGGUUACAUGAUUUUCAGAGCCUUUUUUUCAGAGUUGAGCAUCUUUUCUUUUAAAAGAAAUAAGGGGCAAGAGAACCAAUUUUAUUCCUUGAGGAAAAAUGACACACCCUUCUCCCAAAAGAAAGAAAACUCUCUGGCCCCCCAACUUCAACACUAAUUUGGCUCCCUGAAGAAGAGAGAAAAUAUUAUUUCUGUCUUUAUUGAAGAGAAAUGGGCAAUGCCAAUGUGAAGGUUACUAGUCUUUUUUAUUUUCUAUUGGUGAAGACUACUACUGCUCUUAUUUAGCAGAUCUUAUACCUUCAGUGGUCACCAGUAUAGCAGGUGAGGUAUAAGGAAAACAGCGGUGUGAUGAUAAAUGGUAAUUAAUAUACUUUGUCUGUGUCAACAAUAGGGAAUGGUGGGGACUGUGGCAAACUGAAGCGCCCCUGUUCCACCCACAGGGGGUAAUUUUCCAGUCGACUGUGGCCAUGAAGUAUUUCCUGAUCUUCCCAUUUUUCAAGAAAAGCUGACAAUCUGGAUUUUUAUAUGAAAAAUUCUGAUUUUAAAAAACAUUGGCAACUAAGUUAAAAUUCAAGUGAAUUUAGACCCAGCAGAAGACAUGGAUGGACCUGAUUUGGUCCACUGACUACCAGUUUGUUAACCUAUGCUUUAUAAGAUUUGAAGGAAAGGCAUUCAUGGUAAUUACAGAUGGUGCCACCAGAAAAUGCUCUUGCUAAAUGCAGCCAGUAGUUAGAUUGCUUCCUUCUCCAGUCUCCCCUGCAAAGAAAUUUGACGUGAUUCUGAAUGCAUUGGACAUGUCUUGAUUGCGUCUUUACAUUUCAUAGUGUCUUAAAAGAAAGGCAAGCCAGUUGUUAAUUUCAGAAUCAGAUUUAUGCUCUCUCAAUUUAAAAAAUGCUGGGAACAAUUUCUUUCUUUUUUUUUUUUUUUUUGAGAUGGAGUCUUGCUCUGUUGCCCAGGCUGGAGUGCAGUGGCGUGAUCUCGGCUCACUGCAAGCUCCACCUCCCGGGUUCACACCAUUCUCCUGCCUCAGCCUCCUGAGUAGCUGGGACUACAGGCGCCCACCACCACGCCUGGCUAAUUUUUUUGUAUUUUUAGUAGAGACGGGGUUUCACUGUGUUAGCCAGGAUGAUCUCGAUCUCCUGACCUCGUGAUCCGCUUGCCUCAGCCUCCCAAAGUCCUGGGAUUACAGGCGUGAACCACUGCGCCCGGCCUAACAAUUUCAUUUAAACUCCACAACCUAAAGGGCUUUGUUUAUAGUUUUAGCUCUUGGCAUAAUAAUUUUUUUCAGAUGGUGUGCAAUUCUGAGCAUAGGCCAAGACAUGAUUAGGAAAGCAGGCAUUUGUACAGAGUAAGGCAAGGAACCUCCUAGCGUCCAUUAGAGCCAGGUAUUUGCAUUAUCUUCUGUUUUAAGUGGUCUGUGAAUUGACUGUGUUUUGGAGGUGUGAAACAGUAUACAGAGAAAAGCUUUUCCUGAUACUGAGAUAUCAGUUAGGAGUCCAAAUGGGGUGUUGGGUCAUCCUUGCCAUAUCACCUCCUUUCCAGGCCCAGGGUGAAAAUAGACAAAAGGAAAUCUGACUGCAAGCCAGUGGCUUUGAUUCUAGUUUCAGAGUUUAGGGACUAGGAGAGAGUUUAGAUUAUCUAGCAUAUUCUCCCCCUGGUGUCAGACAGGGCUGUGCCUGAAUUAUUCCAGACAUAUGGCUGUAGAUGGUAUUCUUUAUUUUACAAGAAGGAGAUUCUGUAACCUACCCUGCUGAUCAGAUAGUUCUUUGUAUGUCUUAGAGAAAUUCAAGCCGGCUUCCUUUUGUUCGGCUUGUAGUGGAGAAAGAACAGCUGGUCACCUUCCAUGUAUUCGAAAACCACAGUGAAGUCAUCCCCCUGGUGUUUUUAUUUCAGUGAUAAAUAAUUCCACCCACUUAAACCAUUCUUCAUGGCUCUUGUUUUCCAGGGGCCUAAUAAUUUUCACUGCUGUAAUGUUUCUCAGCUUCACACUUAGUUUAGUUGCCCAAACAAUGUUGGUGCCUUACUCACAUUGGUGCCUGGUGAAGACCAGGAUCAGGAUGGGGAUUAUGGGGAAAUUCUUGCACACCCAGCUCCUCUUACCACUUAAAAAUAUAAUGGCACUUUUACAAAAUGAUAUGUCACCUAUAUUCAUUGAGAAUUAUUUGACUACCACAUUUUCCCCCUGAUGAUAGUCAUCUAUCAUAACUUGUGUUUGUUUUCCUCCUGAGAUCAAACACUUGGUGCUUAUUCCUGAUGUAUACUCUGAGACCAGCUCUUACCUUCUGAGUGGCAGCUACCCCUCCCUCCCAAUUUUAGAUCCUAUUUUUACACAUCUCUAUAGAUAUCACCUUUAUUUCAUGACUCACAAUAUUAAAUGGUACAGACUUCGGUUUAACCACUGGUGUGGUAACAGCAGUAGUUGCUAAGUACCACCUUCCCAUUGCUGUUUGAGGGCUAAUUUGCAAAGACAUUUGAAUCUCCCAGUGAAGAUGUCUGGGGAAUUUUGGCCAGUUGUCUUCCCUCUUGCCCUUUUGUUCUUUAAAAUUCAGCUUGGACCACAGACACCUCCAGGAUCUUGUUUAUGUUCUGCUCUCAAUUGACGAAGCACUGCGUUUUGCACAAUCAGAAGUCUCACAAAAGCAAACAGUUAUGACUGCAUAUCUGAUGUUUAUAUCCUAUAAAAUUUCAGGAAGAUUCAGAGGCAAUCUUCUAUUUGUACAUGAUGUAGACAAAAUUAGCUGCUCCAAUUGUUAGACAAAAAAUUGCCAUUGGAUUACACUAAUGUGCUCAUCUGUUGUUUUAAAAGUUUGGUAUCAGGCGGGGCACGGUGGCUCACGCCUGUAAUCCCAGCAUUUUGGGAGGCCAAGGUGGGCGGAUCACCUGAGGUCCAGAGUUCAAGACCAGCCUGACCAACAUGGUGAAACCCUGUCUCUACUAAAAAUACAAAAUUAAUCAGGCGUGGUUGUGUGUGCCUGUAAUCCCAGCUACUCGAGAGGCUGAGGCAGGAGAAUCGCUUAAAUCUGGGAGGCAGAGGUUGCAGUGAGCUGAGAUCACGCCAUUGCACUCUAGCCUGGGCAACAAGAGCGAAACUCCGUCUCAACAACAACAACAAAAAGUUUGGUAUGUUUCUCUCAAGAAAAAAGCAUGGUGAGUCCAGACAGCAGCAAAAGCUUUUGUGAAAACCAAUUGUGUUCAUCUAGAUAGUAAGUAACUCCUAUUUUUACUGUUAAUUUUUUAAAAGAGAAUUUUUCCCUGUGGAAACUCCCUGUUAUUACGUCCUAGGGGAGAAAGCCUGUGGAAUAUGGUGGUUAUUGAUGGCGUUGCCUUUGUUUCAUCUUUGAGUUUGCCCUUUGUGGGAUCUAGUGGGAUAAUGAGCACUGACAGAACUCUUAACAGUGUGCUGUAUUUUUGACAUUGAAAAUGUUAAUGACUUGAUUUGUACAUAACUCUGUAAAUAGGUGAAAGUAGAUCACAGCUGACAUUUACAAAAUGUUUUUGUACCUUAGAAUUUCUGCAUUAAAUAAAAUGUUUUGUUUUAA